AUGGGAUGGCCGGAUCACUAUACAAACGAAAAAUUCGUUAAGUUGUUUCUGAUUGGCGUUGAAUGUCGUCUACAAUUAUGUCUAGAUGAACUUAAAUCCGAGAAUAAUUUACAACUGGCUACAACUGAUACUGAUGAAGAGCCAGCAAUUGUUGAAAUUGAUGCUGCUGGAAAUAAAGUUGAUAUUGAAAAGGAAGAAGAACAAUUUGUCCUUGAGCGCAUUUCCAUUGGCUGA